AUGGCUUUCCGACAGCGAGUCCUGCCACUCCUCGGUGCUUCGGCCGUCGGUGUCGGUAUCGGCUACUAUGUCUUUGAUCCCUUGCUGCAGCAGUAUGCAAAGGAUACCAACGGCACCUUCCAAGCUGGUGCACCUGGCAGCAACACGCUUCCAGACUUGAAGCCUCAUUCAGGUGCCACUACCGAGCUUCAUGAGCGUCCGCCUCUUGGCUCUUCUGCUGCUCGAGGCGUCUCUGGUAUCGCUGCGCGUCCAGGCACUGAUCUCAAGCACAACGACCCUAACGCCCUCCCCGGUAGCGUACCUUACGGAACUGUCUCCAAAGAGUUGGAGCAGCUUCGCCGCAACGCUCACGACAAGGUCGACCAAGCCGAACAGAGGCUCGAGGAUGCCAAGAACAACGUUGAGAACAAGUAUUACGACGCAAAGAAUGAGGUCAAGAGCUCCUGGCGCUCGGCUAAAGGCAGCGCUGAAGGUGCUUAUGACAGCGCAGCUCAGAGUGCUGAGAACGCCAAGCAAGAUGUAAAGUCUAGCUGGUUUUCUGCGAAGAACACGGCCGAGCAGAAGGCUAACGAGGCCGAGGCUCAGGCUAAGAAGGGCUGGUCCACUGCCAAAGACAAGGCAGAGGAAGCUGGCGAGCAGGCAAAGUCUGGUUGGUUCUCCGCCAAGAACACCGCCCAGGAGAAGGCCGACGAGGCUGCCAAUCAAGCCAAGCAAGGCUGGUUCGCCUCCAAGGACAAGGCUGAAGACAUCAAAGAACAGACCAAAUCCAGUUUCUUCUCGACGAAAUCAGCCGCUGAGCGCAAGGCUGAUGAGGCGGCCCAGUCUGCCAAGCAGGGAUGGUCCAGUGCCAAGGACAAGGCAGCUGAGGCCGGCGAACAAGCCAAGUCAAGUUUCUUCUCUACUAAAUCGGCUGCCGAGCAGAAAGCCGAUGAGGCUGCUCACCAGGCUAAGUCCAGCUGGUUCUCCACCAAGUCCGCAGCUGAGCAGAAGGCUGACGAAGCUGCUACUUCCGCCAAGUCGGGCUGGUUCUCUGCUAAGGACACCGCUGAUGAUGCUGCCAACCGCGCCAAGUCUGGCUUCUUAUCCACAAAAACGGCCGCUGAACAGAAGGCUGAUGAGGCAGCUGACUCCGCCAAGUCAGGCUGGUUCACCGCUAAGGAUAAGGCUCAGGAAGCUAAGGACCAGGCCAAGAGCUCCUGGUUCUCAGGCAAGUCUGCUGCCGAGGACAAGUACGAUCAGGCCAAGGAUGAGGCUCAGAAGGGCUGGUUCAACCUCAAGAGCAAGGCCGAAGAUGCUGCUGAUGACGUUGGCAGCCAAGCUAAGAGCCACAGCGACCAGGUCGAGCACAACGCUCAGCAAAAGAUCCUUGCUGCUCAGUACAACGCUGAGGUGCGUGCUGGCGAGGCUCGUGGCCACUUCCAGGACAGCGGCGUCAAAGCAGACUACAAGGACCUCAAGCAGACCGGCAAGGAGUGGAAGUCAGAGCUUAAUGCCAAGGCUCGUGAUGCCCACAACCAGGCCGAGAGCGAGUACAGGGCACUCCGUGACCAGUCGCAGCAGGGUUACAAGAACCUCAAAGACGAGGCUAACUCGAGCUUCUACAACCUCAAGGACAAGGCUGACAGCGGAUAUGAGAGCCUCAGAGACAAGACAGCUGAGGGUCUCGACUAUGCCGGCGACAAGCUGCACAGUGGCGCACGAAAGGUCGAGGGCAACCAGAAGCCUGAGUCAACUGGUUUGUGGAACUGGAUCUUUGGCAACGGACGGGCUACCGAGAAGGUUGCUUCGAACCUCGAGUAA